UCGCCGCUGCAGCGGUCCGGACGCGGGUGCAGGUGGAGGACGCGCAGAACGCAGACUCCCCCCCCCCACCCCACCCACCCCCCGGGAGCAUCGACGCGCCUCCGCCAUGGCAUCCCCACUGCGUGCGCCCCGUGGUCCUCCGUGCGGAGGUGGUUGCGCGCACACAGCCCAAAGUUUGUAGCAGCUCUCCGAUGCGUUGUUUGAGACCGAGCCAGGAAAAAACAAGACGUGUAUCAAGGAUGGAUCUUUUCACGAGCGGCAACCAGGACCUAACAAUAUAACCGGGAGCGGAACGAGCGGAUCGGGGCUUCUUUUUGGACGCUCUCGGUGACCAGCAGAUAUGAGUUUUGGACCAAGAAUUCUUCCUGUUGCACUUUUUAUUGGAAUUGUCCUCACUCGCUGCGGCCACUGCAACCAAGUGGUGCUGCUGGAUACCACGUCUGUGCUCGGCGAGCUGGGAUGGAAGGCCUAUCCUGUCAACGGGUGGGAUGCGAUCACAGAGAUGGACGAGCACAACCGGCCCAUUCACACCUUCCAGGUGUGCAGUGUGAUGGAGCCCAACCAGAACAACUGGCUCCGAUCCAACUGGAUUUCCCGGCAGGCGGCCCAAAAAAUCUACGUGGAGCUCCGCUUCACCCUGCGCGACUGCAACUCCAUCCCCUGGGUGUCCGGCACCUGCAAGGAGACCUUCAACCUCUUCUACCACGAGACGGACGAAGCCCACGCCGUGAAGUUCAAGCCGGCUCAGUACACCAAGAUCGACACCAUCGCCGCCGACGAGAGCUUCACUCAGAUGGACCUCGGGGAUCGCAUCCUGAAGCUCAACACGGAGGUGCGCGAGGUGGGACCCAUGACCAAGAGCGGCUUCUCGCUGGCGUUCCAGGACAUCGGCGCUUGCAUCGCCUUGGUCUCGGUGAGGGUUUACUACAAGAAAUGCCCCUUCACGCUGAGGAACCUGGCCUCGUUCCCGGACACGGUGCCUCGUGUGGACUCGUCCUCGCUGGUGGAGGUGAGGGGCGCCUGCGUGGACCACGCUGAGGAGCGGGACACGCCCAAGCUCUUCUGUGGAGCUGAUGGCGACUGGUUGGUCCCCUUGGGGAGAUGUGUCUGCAGUGUCGGCUACGAGGAGGUGGACGGAUCCUGCAUCGGUGAGUUAGCCCAAUUUCCCUUGCACACUUUUUGGCAAUAGAGACAUGAACAACAACAUUCGAACUGGAAAACUUUGUUGUUAUUUUUUGCAAAUAAUAGCUCAUUUGGAAUUUUAUGCCUGCAACAUUUUUCAAA